CCAUUUUGCUUUGUGUAAUAUGUGAACUACGUCAUCAAUUUAUGUACCCCUCUCUAGCAAAUCUGAUGACGUUUUACGCACGAACACUUGUCAGAUGGCUACACUAACAACAAUAAUUUAUCAUGGAAGCUAAAUAGCCUGUGUAUUACUUGAGAAUGUGGACGAAUAAACUUUAUGAGAGAUGAUGCAGGUGAUGAAACUUCAGUGCAUUUUACUGUUGUUGAUUUUCCUAUUUGUCACAAUUAACUCCAGACCUUCCAAAGAUAGAAGUAUAACAGCGUUGAAAAACUUGUUCAUGAGAGAUCUGAAAUGGAAACCAUCAGAUCAUCCAGGGGUUAGGGAGAAAAGACAAAGUAGCUGGUGGGAUGAAGAGACCACUAUUGACCCUGAGGAUUUCACACCUCAACAAAUACAUCUUUCCCUUGGAGAUGAUGCAUCAGAAAUGGUGGUCAUGUUUGCAACAGUUGCAGAUGGAUCUGAUCCUCCAAUAGUUAGAUAUGGCAUAUCCCCCAACAACUACAGCCUGGAAGCCCAAGGGGGGAGUGAGGAGUUCUAUAAUGGCAAUAGCCGGGGUGUGCACAACCAUCAUAGAGUAAAACUACAUGUAA